AUGCCGAACUUCUGUUCCUGCUUCGGCGGAAUCCCGACCCACGAGACGGCCGAACGGCCGACCCACGAGACGGCACAACAAGAGCCGUCUGUCUCCUCCUGGUUCGGAGGUAUUGCGUCGACUUUCGGUGGAGCAGCGGAGCAUGAAUUAAAGCCCGUGGAAAUGAAGGCGGUGGGGGCGGAGGGCGCGCUGCCGCGGUACUCGCAGGAGGAGCUGCGGCGGGCGACGGGCGACUGGCGCACCAAGCUGGGGGAAGGCGGCUUCGGCGCCGUCUACAAGGGCAUGCUGCUGCUGCCGCGCGGGGGGAGUUGGGAAGGGGGCGGGGGAGACGGCGGGGGAGGGGGUAGGGAAGGGGUUGGGGAGGAUGGGGAGGAGGAGGAAGUGGAGGGGUUUGAGGAGGGGCUGGAGGGGUUGGACGUGGUGGAGGUGGAUGGGAAGCGGUUUGUUCCGGUGGCGGUGAAGACGUGCUUGACAGAGGGCGAUGUGCACGGGGGAAGAGAGCAGCUGCUGGUGAGCCUUUGCCGUGGUGGUAAGUCGGUUCCUCCUGACCCUCCCUGGUGCACGCUUCAUACGGAGAUCAUGGUGAUGACGGCCCUGCGCCACCCCAACGUGCUGCGGCUGCUGGGAAUCGGCAUGUGGGGGCAAACCAUCUCCAUGGUCUCUGAGUUUGUCCCAGGCGGGGACGUUUCUCAGCGGUUAGUGAAAGCAGCCAAAGGCGUGGAGCCUUUUCCCUGGAAGGACCGGCUGAGCAUAGCGGUGGGGAGUGUGGCAGGGCUGGCAGCGAUCCACAAGGAGGGAUUCAUUCACCGCGACUUCAAAGCCGCUAAUGUGCUUCUAACGAAAGACCUCGUGCCAAAGGUGGCAGAUUUCGGGCUAGCCAAGACAUGCCAGGACAGGACACAUGUCACGACACGAGUGGCCGGCUCGCAGGGCUACAUCGACCCCUCAUACUUUGAGACAGCUGGAGCUGUCACUCGUUCUGUCACUCGUUCUGUCACUCGUUCUGUCACUCGUUCUGUCACGAGUGCUGGCACUCUGUCACUGGUGCUGUCAUCGGCACUAUUUUUAGCCCACUCCUGCACCCUCCCUUCUAAUCCUCCCCUUCCAUCCCUCCCUUCUAAUCCUCCCCUUCCAUCCCUCCCUUCUAAUCCUCCCCUUCCAUCCCUCCCUUCUAAUCCUCCCCUUCCAUCCCUCCCUUCUAAUCCUCCCCUUCCAUCCCUCCCUUCUAAUCCUCCCCUUCCAUCCCUCCCUUCUAAUCCUCCCCUUCCAUCCCUCCCUUCUAAUCCUCCCCUUCCAUCCCUCCCUUCUAAUCCUCCCCUUCCAUCCCUCCCUUCUAAUCCUCUCCUUCCAUCCCUCCCUUCUAAUCCUCUCCUUCCAUCCCUCCCUUCUAAUCCUCCCCUUCCAUCCCUCCCUUCUAAUCCUCCCCUUCCAUCCCUCCCUUCUAAUCCUCCCCUUCCAUCCCUCCCUUCUAAUCCUCCCCUUCCAUCCCUCCCUUCUAAUCCUCCCCUUCCAUCCCUCCCUUCUAAUCCUCCCCUUCCAUCCCUCCCUUCUAAUCCUCCCCUUCCAUCCCUCCCUCCUAAUCCUCUCCUGCCAUCCCACCCGCCAGGCUUACUGACAGAGCACUGUGACACCUUCGCGUGGGGCGUUUUCCUGCUCGAGCUCCUCUCAGGCUGCUGCGACCUUUGA